AUGGCUGCCACUGCGCACGGUGGAAUCCGAGGGAUCGUGGAGCUUGAAGUUCUUCGCGUCAUUGAGGGGCAACUGAAAGGAAUCCCUAUCAGCGCAUUCUUUGAUUUGAUUGUGGGUACUAGUACUGGUGGCAUCAUCUCGCUCGGUUUUGGUGUCAAGAACUGGGACAUCAAAGGCUGCACGCACCGCUUCAAAAAGCUCUGCCACAAUGCUUUCUGCCCUCGCACAUUCCACAGUGUACCCCUCCUGGGGCGCAUGAUCACUUUGAAGCAUGCAGCUAAGUACGAGACGACGCCGCUCCGGAACGCACUUCAAGAAGCCUUUGGCCAAGACUAUCUCUUCGGGCCUACUCGCGCUGUUGCCGAUCACCCUGCGGCAAGGGUUGCAGUGACGGCGACUGAUGAAGCCUGCAAGACAGAAAUUAUCCUCGCAAAUUACAGCCGAGAGGACACCAGCCGUAGCAAGCGUAGGAAGGCGCAUUAUGAUUUUCCGCGCCCAGAUAACCCUGAUCUAGAGUUGAAGGUAUGGGAAGCAGCAGCGGCUACUUCAGCGGCACCCUCGUACUUCAAGCCUUUUGUCCACGGUCCAACAAAGCGCACCUAUCUUGAUGGUGCGCUCUAUCACAAUAAUCCGGUCUGGUUAGCGAAUCGGGAGCGAAAACUUUUGUGGCCAGACGUCGCAGACAAGCAUCCGGAUAUCCUUCUCUCCAUCGGGACUGGUCAGAAUGAAGACCAGAUCAAGAAGGAGCUCCCUGUUGAACCGCGUUCCCCUCGUUCCGCUCGUAGGAGGGCGAGGCGCGCAGAAAAGGACGAGGCCCAGAAGCCUGGGUGGACUCCUUUUCCGAGGCUGAGACAGAUGUACAUGGCAGCGCACAACCGCAUGGACAACAUCCUUGAUGCUGAAAUUACUUGGAGAGAUUUUUGCGAUGACGUUGCGAACAUUGAAGCAUCAAGUCACGGCUCUUCUAGAUAUGUCCGCAUCAAUCCGAAUAUAGGACGCGAUCCACCUCGCCUGGACGAGGUGGGCGAGCUGAAGCGCUUGCAAGAGGAAGCCCGAAGCUCGCUGAAGUCAUCAGAUAGUCAGGCACAGCUCGAGAAGGUUGUUCAUGUUUUAGUGCCCAGCUCUUUUUAUUACGAAAGAACUUCGGCGCCAAGGGGCGAAGUCGAUAACAUGUGCUCUUGCUUGGGCCGCAUUUGCUGUAGGUUCGAGAACGGUUCCGAAGAGUUGCGCAAGCUCGGAGACUAUUUUCGAGACAGGCAGCAGACUGGCGAAUUCGAACCCUAUUUCGAACUCGAGUACGAGGGCGACUUAACCCGAGCUCACAUGGUGUCCAUCUCACCUACCAUCGUCUCCGAGAUGAGCAAUAGGUCCUCAUUCGACGUCGGUACUCUUGACAUCCGCGUGCAGAAGCGCAUGACGGAAGUCACAAUCUCGUUGCAUCUUCGCAGCCGCGACGGUAUUCAGGGAAAAUACCCAAUCAGUGGGUUUCCAAGGGCUAUCAUGGUAGAGGAGUCACAAAGGGGUGUUGUCCAAGAUGGCAACGUGCCCUUGCCUACAGCUAAACUAUUGACUCUUGUUGAUAGAUUGAAACCGAAAAAGUCCCGCAGAUCUACGGGCAGUGUUAACCUGGGGGAGACAUCCAUACAGCGCGAAGCACCGGAGCGUCGAAAUGUGACCGAGCCUGCGGUUUUGUCGCGAGCAAGCGCAGGUAGCAUUGCGGUACAUGAGCUAUCACCGGGCCCAAAUCUUCCCGGUCAGCAACUCAUGCGUGGCUCAGGGAAAUUCGAGCUCAUGCAAGAAUAUCCUGGAAUCCAUAAGACUGCGGAACACCACCUCGAGUCACGUGUUGGAGACCCACAUAUUGGUAACAACGCAGCCGGUCACAAACACCAUUCUUCUGGUUCAGGGAUUGUACAAAUGCAUGAGCGUCGUGUGCAGGCUUCAACGAUGAUAGCAGGGCCACCAAAUCCACCGGCUACGAAAGCGGCGCAAACGGAUGAUCUGCCAGACCCUGCGUCCUACCACACCAAUACUCAGUUCACAGCUGGGAGAGGCGCAGAUCCCGCGGCCGUAGAACUGCCUGGUGGAACGGAGGAUGAAGUCUGA